AUGCUACCCCAUCGUGUGCCUGUGGCGGCUGCGUCCGGGUCGUCACGUCAGCAGAUCGUCUACUAUUUGAUUUGUUUGCUACUUCUAUUGACGACACUUCAACUAUUGCAGUUUUUGUAUCGUAAAUGUGACACACGCGUACACAUGUCAUCGCUAUUGUCAAAAACUUCGCAGAUUCUCACACGUCACAACGUCGAGUAUUGGCUUGACAAGGGCACGCUCUUGGGCGUCUAUCGUGAUGACGGUCUUAUUCCAUGGGAAUAUGAUGUCGAUCUAGGCGUCAUGAAUGCGACGUGUGACAAGAUUUCAGCACUCAAGAGUGAGUUUGAAGCCGUGGGACUCACGGCGUAUGACCGCCAAGACGAUAUUCCACACAAAGUCAAGCUCACGUACGACACGGAGACCCACGAAUUCUAUUGGUCCGAUCCGAAAUUACACGAUCCAUGCAUUCGUGUGUACGAUACGACGGACACUACAGCGUGGGUGGAUAUCUAUUGGUACGUGGAGUUGACGGCUGAGGAAGUGAUGCUUGAUCACGAAAAGAUUCUGGUGCCGCCGGAUUACGACAUGGAAGACAAUCUCGUGUGCUGUUCCGAGGGACUACAAGCAUAUACGGAGCACAUGUGUUGUGGUGGUUGCGUGCCGCGCAAGUCUCUGUUUCCUUUACAGCAUAAGUUUGUCAAUAUACACAAUGGUGUUGACCCUGUCCAGGAACAGCCAGUACCAGCUGAAGUGGGGCAAAUCUUGUCAAUUCAAUAUGGUAAAAACGUUUUGACAAGUCGUGAGAUUAAGGGGUGGAAGGGCAUAGUGUGUGGUUUCUGGACGAGUCCGCUGCUAUUUACUCUGCACCUGGCCCUGCUCGCCGGCGUGGUGGUAGCACUGGCGAUCAUGUGUCGACGCAGGUGCUCUACAAGCAGCUUCAAGCGACGAAAGCUCUAG